AUGUCCCUGAGAGGCGUGCACCCUUUCUUGCACCGGACGACGCGUUUACACAUCAGCGUGUUCAAAAAGUUUGGCUUUUCAAUGCACCCUCUGAAUCCAUCUCUCCCGUUAUCGCACCAGGCGCCUUUCUCCCUCGUGCACGCCACGCACGGUUUCGACCAUUUUUUAUGGCGUCCAAAGAGCACUUUUUCUUCUCCUUUUGAGGAUGCUUUUUUUGAGGAUGCUGCUGCUUCCACCGAGUUUAAGGAGGAAAAAGAGGACGCGAAGAAGAAGAGAAAAAAGAAGAGAAAGAGAGCAGUUUUUUUAAAAGCAGUAAAGGAGGGAAAGGAUUGA